AAGAAGACUGGAAACAUGUCAGAGUUUUGGUUAAUUUCUGCCCCUGGCGAUAAGGAAAAUUUGCAAGCUCUGGAGAGGAUGAACACAGUCACCUCCAAGUCCAACCUGUCUUAUAACACCAAAUUCGCGAUUCCUGACUUCAAGGUGGGGACCUUGGAUUCCCUUGUUGGCCUCUCCGAUGAGUUGGGGAAACUCGAUACCUUUGCUGAAAGCCUCAUAAAGAAAAUGGCCCAGAGCGUGGUGGAAGUCAUGGAAGACGCCAAGGGCAAGGUUCAGGAGAACCUCCUGGCCAACGGAGCUGAUUUAACGUCCUUUGUGACCCACUUCGAAUGGGACAUGGCCAAAUACCCUGCGAAGCAGCCGCUGGUGGGCGUGGUGGACACUCUAGCUAAGCAACUGGCACAGAUCGAGACUGACCUGAAGUCCCGCACGGCCGCCUUCAACACCCUGAAGACGAACCUGGAGAACCUGGAGAAGAAAUCCAUGGGCAACCUCUUCACGCGGACACUGAGUGAUAUUGUGAGCAAAGAAGACUUUGUGCUGGAUUCUGAGUAUCUGAUCACACUUCUAGUCAUCGUCCCCAAACCAAGCUACACAGAGUGGCAGAAAACCUACGAAUCCCUCUCGGACAUGGUAGUCCCUCGGUCGACCAAGCUGAUUGCUGAGGACAAGGAGGGCGGCCUCUUCACAGUGACCCUGUUUCGAAAAGUGAUUGACGAUUUCAAAACCAAAGCCAAAGAGAACAAGUUCACUGUCCGUGAAUUUUACUAUGAUGAAACAGAAAUUAAAAGGGAAAGGGAAGAGAUGACCAGAUUGCUGUCCGAUAAGAAGCAACAAUAUGGCCCCCUGCUGCGCUGGCUCAAGGUGAACUUCAGCGAAGCCUUUAUUGCCUGGAUCCACAUCAAGGCGCUGAGGGUGUUUGUGGAGUCCGUGCUCCGGUACGGACUCCCAGUGAAUUUUCAGGCCGUGCUCCUCCAGCCUCAUAAGAAGUCAGCCACCAAGCGGUUAAGAGAGGUUCUGAACUCUGUCUUCCGACAUCUGGAUGAAGUGGCAGCUGCGAGUGUGCUGGACGCAUCGGUGGAGAUCCCUGGGUUGCAACUCAAUAACCAAGACUAUUUUCCUUACGUCUACUUCCACAUCGACCUCAGUCUUCUGGACUGAAAUGACGCGCGGGCACCACCUGGCCUCGUGUCCGUGCAGACGACAGACGCUCCCUUCCCUCAGCAGAACAGUUUCGGUGUCCUCCAGAACUUAGCUUUUUAGAAAAACUGCCCACGAAAGUUAGUUACAGUUGUAUUUAUUUUUUGUAAGUUACAAUAAAGAAAUGCUCUCAAGUCCUUUGAAU